AUAACCUAACUAACAGUAUAUUUCUAGUUUUUGUUAUUGUCUAAAAUUUCGAACAUCGUGCCUUCGAUCAUGGAGGAUGACAAAUGGAAAAUUAUCGACACUCACUUGCAUUCUAUGAUGGAUUGGACAAAUGGAAUUAAUUCUUCUAAUUCGAAUAACCAGCGAGAAAACCAACGCCAAGGUCACAUUCAUAGACGUAGCGAGCCUGAUGUUGUCAUGAUUCGCAAGGCACAAGCAUCCAGAAUAAACAAUGUCACAGUGCCACAAUCUGCCCCAGUCCAACCAGAUACUUUCGCUCUCGACUGGCCAGCAAGACCUAUCAAGAAAUUACCAAGUUGCGACAAUGAACCUUCUAUUAAUGAUAUCAUCCCCGAAACUCCCAAUUUGGUAAACAUGCCAAGUCGAUCCACCCACAAUUCACAGUUGAACUCUGCUACGGUGACUAUUGCGGAGAGCCACAUAACAAUGCCACAUCUUUCUGGGUCAGUUGCUAAUACAGACCAUGUAUUUACAACAGUUGAGGCACCUCCGAGGCCCCCACCUUAUCCGCGUUCUACUGCAAAUGGCAGCUUGCACAUUAAGCCAAAUAAGUCCUAUUUUGUUCCACUUACGAUUGAUGCCGACAAUCGUAACACUAGCAGUAAUCAUCACUUGACAUUUUCAUCUAUAAAAAAUCCUCCACAAACUAAUUCUUUCGGCUAUGGUUCACCGAAGACUAACAGAAGAAGCUCUGUUCCUGGAAAUCAAAUUGAUCCAAGAGCUCAUAGUGCAAGUCCAAACAUAACAAGACGGUCAGCAUCACAUUCUGCUGCAGUUCAUCGAAGAAGAACGCAGGACAAUCUUGUUUUUAUUCCUACCAUGGUACCAAAUUCGGAAAUGGAUUCCAAUCAUAUUAUUAUUCCUUCCGUUGUACAUUCUCCUAUAUUUGGUUCUACUGCCAGCCCAGUUUCAGCUGAUCCAAUGAUAACUAAUUCGACAUUUACAAAAAAAAAUGAUGACCAGGAAUACACAAAAGCUUUAUUACAACAUCAACAAGAAAGAAUGGAGAGAUUACAAAAAGAAUUAGAAGCAAAAAAGAAAUUACUUUUCUCACUCUCAGCAACUCUUUCAGAAAAGGAAACUCAAGUACAUGUAAGGAGAAAUGAAAAGAUGUCACCUUAUAUGCCAACACUCAGUGAUGUCAUACGUCUUAGAGAUGCAAAUCUUCAAAUGGAAAUUGAUUGUAACUGUAUGAUAAAAGAAGUUGAUAUGGUCACAAAGAGUGGUAAUCGAGUAGGCGGAAACUUUCAUGAACAUAUCAGUAGAAAAACAUCUUCAGCAGCGAGCAUCAAGAAGAAGUUUUCGAACCCACCAGCGUUGGGUGAUCUGCCGUCCCCUCCUCUUCCUCCUCCACCAGUUCCUCCUCCGCUCGAAAACGAAGAAGAAACAAAAUGGUCGUGCAAAUAUUGCACUUUUCUUAAUCAUGCAGCACUCAAUAAAUGCGAGAUGUGCGAUUAUAGAAGAGAAAGAACUACAGCCGUUUCUUGAAUCUCAUCAGCUGUAUUGUCAAAUCGUAUUUUUAUUCUAUUAUUCAUUGCCAGGGAUUUUAUUUUCUCUACUGCUCCCAAAUCAAGAGUUAUUUUUGUAUGCUUGAAUUGGAUAUGGAAGUGAGAGCAAUGCUCAACGAUGUGGACUGUGUCAUGUAGGUAAGAACUCACUCGCCACAAUACCUAGCUCGUGGAACACCUUUUGGCAGCACAUUUUUUAGCAAAAUUUUGGGUGAAACAAUUGGCCUUAUGGACCCCCAAAAAAAAAAUGGGUUCAUUUCGUGUACGAUAGCAAUUAUGGCUUGGGCCAUUAUGAUAUGAAAGUGCAAGCUGUAUUAACUUUCAGAUCAGCUUUUUUGAAAUCAAAAUUUUGUCCUCACUUAUUUUAUUGAUAUACCUCACUCAGAUAUCAAAUCACAAGUCUACACUAAUAUACAGGGUGGCCCAAAAGUAGGUAUACAGUUAUUUUAUUUAUUUUUAUGACCUUCCAAGCAGCUAGAAAACUAAUGUAAAAUUUACACUAGAUUUAUUAUUUAAAAAAAUAAGCAAUUUUU